AUGAGGUUGGCAGCUUAUGCUGGGAUCCUAACGAACUUCUGCCUCUUGAUCGUCGGAUUCCUGCUAUAUGGACUUCAGAAAUUGUUAUAUGGCCCCCUCCGCCCCAUCGAAACGGAGCAGCUGUAUGAAAGGGGUUGGUUUGCCGUAACGGAAACAUGUCUUGCGAUGACCAUAUUUCGUGGAGAGAUAGGAGCUUGGUUUUUGGUCAUGUUUGUCUGCCUUUUUGUUGGUAAAAUCUGGGGAUGGAUCGGAGAGGGUCGAGUGGAAAUACUUGACCAACAACCCCCGCAACGGCCCCGUCUUUUCCAUACGCGGUUGGCACUUUCCCUGAUUUUGGCCGUCACAUUCAACACCCUUAUGCUCGAAUAUGCCGUGAAGACCGUGCUCCGCAACGCCCGACCCGACAUGAUGGUGAUGUUUGGAUUCGAGUUUGCCAUCCUAUCGAUCCUCUCGACCUCGACCGCGGCGAGAUAUGGUAUCUCCCUCUGGGAGCUAUAUGUUACCAGACAACAGCGGCAUGCGAAGAUGGAGGAACGAAGAGCAGAGAUUAGAGCAGCGAGAGCAGAAGCUAUCCAGCAACAGUCGAGCUCUGGUCCGCAGGAACUUUUAAAUACCUUACCUGGUGAGGAUGACAUUGAUGAAAUGGAGCUUGACGUUCCAGGUUGGGAGGAAAAGGGCCGAUGGAUAUUUUAUCUCGAUCUUGCAACUGACUUUCUAAAACUUGUCGUUUAUCUGUCCUUCUUUGCGAUACUUUUCACCUUCUACGGCCUACCAAUCCAUAUUCUUCGAGAUGUUGUACUUACGAUGAGGUCAUUCGGGAAGCGAGUUGUUGACUUCCUUCGUUACCGUAAUGCCACGAGGGAUAUGCAUCAACGCUACCCGGAUGCAACUGCGGAAGAUAUUGCCACAGGGGAUGUAUGUAUCAUUUGUCGCGAAGAGAUGGAGCCUUGGCCACCUGCAGCUGCUCCAAAUGGUGAAGCCGGUCCGGCUAGACCUGUUUCGGAUCGAUUACGACCGAAAAAACUUCCCUGCGGCCAUAUACUCCAUUUUGCAUGCCUUCGUAGCUGGCUUGAACGCCAACAAAUCUGUCCAACUUGCCGACGACCUGUUGCCUCAGCUGCAAUACGUCGAGAUUUCAGUGCUACGCAGGGGGUUGCAGGUCCUGGAGGCCCUGGUGGAAUGGCUAAUGGCGGUGUGGGGGCUCAAGAUCCACUUGCGGGAGUAAACCAACCUCUCGGGGCCGCCAAUGGUCAACCUGGCGAAGCUCGACCAAGAGCAUGGGUUCUCAACUUCGGGCCCAUUCGUAUCGGAUUUGGAGCUGGCCGUGGAGAUUUAUUCCAAAACUUAGCACAACAGGUUCACAAUGGCCAAGCACCACCUGCUCAGGCUGGAGGUAACCCGGACAACCUGCCAGCUGGACCGCAACAAUUUGGCUUUGGAUUUGGCUUUGAGCGACCGCCUCCAGUCCAACAACCGGCUCCAGUCCAACAAAUUCCACAACCAACCGUACCAAACGCGCAAAUCAACCUCCAGCAUACACAGGCUCAGCUUCAGCAAGUUGAGCAGCAUAUUUCACAAGUAAUUGAAAGUCUGCGGACUACGGCUGAGCAACUACAAGUGGUCCGUUUGUUACAAGCUGAAUUAACCAGACUUCGUGCUGUUCAAGCAAACGUGGCGCAUCCGCAUACACAACCACCACAUCAGCCACAUCCACAUCCACAGCCACAGCCACAGGUACCUGCUCCAGCUGUUACCCCUACUGCUAUAGCAUCAUCACAUGUUCCCUCCACUGGCACCCAAAGGCAGUUCACAUCCAAUCCACAAAUCCCUGCACUUGGCUCGGGGGAUAGUCGUCUCCCUGAAGGGCUUAGCCUGCCGCAAGGUUGGACAUUGUUACCUCUACAACAGGUUAACUAUGCGGGACAAGCAUCUACCCAAAUUUCUACUUUUCAUUCUGCAAAUCCUCCAUUCCCGACACACGCAUCACAAACGCCUAAUACUCAAUUAUCCUCCCAAACAUUACCCACUUUCACACCCUCUACUACCGAAACGACCGACCGCGGGACAUCGCUCCACCACGCGUCAUUGAACGUUGAACAGCCUAACAUGGAUUCAACUUCUUCAAACCUGGCAUUCCCAUUCUCCUCACCAAGUCAUGGAUCCCAGGCUGAGCCGGAACAGACCAGUUCGACGAGGGGCCACACUUCAGCUAGCCCCUCUUCUGCUCCUCCAGACUGGGGUUCAACAAUAUCGAACGAAACAAUUCACAAGCCUGUAGCUGCAGCGCCUGGUGAUGACACGUCACCAGCGACAGACGGAGAAGGAGACAAUAUUGAUGAGAGGCGGGAGGUGUCAGAUCAAUCGUUGUCUAAGGGCAAAUCCCGCGCAGCCACAGUAGAGGAUUACAUAGAAGAUAGUGCUUGAUAAGGCGCAAGAAAAUUCAUGACGCCAACCGUGUGUGGUAGACCAAACAAUGUGAUAAGCCAACGACAGAAGGCAGAAACAAAGAUAAUAAAAAAUAAGGAAGGAAAAUUGAACAUCAAUUGUAUAACUACCUUCUCGAUUUUAUGUAAUUGCAAUCAUCCCCUUUUUACCCUCUG